UUCUUCAUAUAUUAUCACUGGUUAAAGUUUAGGAUACCCUGCGCAUACACGAAAAAUCAUUUUUUGUCUAAAUAGUGUAUGUUUUGAAACAUUCUCUAUAUGUACAUACAAACAAAUAGAACUGUAGAUCCGAGUGCAUUGAGCAACAAUUGCUAGCGUUUAAAUGUGUUUGGCCGCUUAGUUUGUUGUUAUGAAUAUAUCGAAAGUGACAACAUCGCUUGCUGCUGCGGCUGCUGCCGCCGAAAAAGCGAAACCCGAACGUGUAACAUCUGCAACGGCAGCGCUCAAUUUUAAUACAAUCUCCAUACAAAAGCGCAGCAGUGUGGACGACAAUGAUGAUCCAAAUCGCAAGAAACUAAAACGCGACAUUGUUAUAUGUACGCCCACGACCAGUUUACCCGCCAAACAGCGUGCAGCUACAGCUACAGCUACAGCUACAGCUACAGCAACAGUAACAGCAACAACAACAUCAGCAGCAGUAGCAGCAGCCUCACCAGCAGCAACAACAACACAACCAGCCACAGCUUCAACAACAGCCACAAUCAGCGCUGGGCUGGCCAGUAAAACAACUCCGGGCGAGCCACAGACAACAAACAUUUUGGCCGCCUCCAGUAUUGGCGGUAACUUUGUCAGUCAUUCGAAUGCAAAGCCAGAAGCUGCUCCAGCUCCGGUUGAUAUCUGCUGGGAGCAGCGUGAUGACCAAAUAAUUGUUUGUGAAAUGAGCGCCAUUAAGCCAGAGGAGUCGUCCGCUACAAAAAACAUCACCAGUAGCAACAGCAACAGCAACAAUCCAAAGCAAACUUUUGCCAGCUUUACCAAAAAAGAUGUCACAACAGCAUCGGUCUCAUCAUCCUCCUCCACAGCCUCCAUUAUAUCGAUUGAGCCAAGCGCUGAACAGCCGUCAAGCAACAAUAACGAGCAGCAGCUGGUCAAAGCUGUGACCGUUGAGGAGCUCGACUAUGUGCUGAUACCUGCCACAACGACGGCUGAGCUAAAGCCGGCAACAAACGAGGCAACAGUUACAAAUAAUAAUAAUAACAACAGCAGUGCAAACAGCAGCAGCAGCAGCAAUAGCAGCAACAAUGUGGCUAGCAGCAGCAGCAGCAGCAGCAGCAACAGCAAUGCCUCUGGCAACAUGACGCAAAAGGCAACGCCACCGACACAGCUACAAGCGGGCAGCUAUAACAUGUUCAAUAGCGGCACCACAACAGCUACUGGCACAGCAACAGCGGCCGCAGCGCUGGUGAAUCGCGUUAAUUUGCAUGCCAAGUUGAAGGGCCAGCAGCUGAUGGUGAACGCCAAGAAGCUGGGCGAGGUCACGCAGACAACGGCCAAGGUGUCCAUUGGUAAUAAGACGAUAUCGGUGCCGCUCUUGAAACCGCUGGGCAGCACGCAAAUACUUCAGGGCGGCCAAUUGAUGAGUGCCAGCGGUGCAACCACGGCAGGUGGUGCAACAAUUGUUGAAAGCAAACAGCAGCUGGCGACAACAACAACGGCAACGGUAGCCUCACAACAACAACAACAGCAGCAGCAGCAGCAACAACAACAACAACAACAGCAGCAGCAGCAUUUGCACAUAGCCAAGCUGCUGAAGGGCCCACGCAAAACUCCGACUACAAUUGUCUCAUUUGCCAACGUGCAAAUCAAGCCGGCCAAUACCAAAAUUGUCACCGCCAAGGUGGUUAGCAAGAAGAUGUCGCUGCAAUUUCAGCAACAACAGCAACUGCAGCUGCAGAUACAACAGCAGCAGCAACAGCCCAGCGGCGGCAGCAUUGUUACCAUAACACCAACAAAUCCAAAUCAAACAUUUACCAUGCUGCAGCAACAGCCACAGCAGCAACAGCAGCAGCAGCAGCAGGCCCAGGAUAAACAGCACGAUGCCGAGCAGCUAGAUCAGCAGCAGCAACAGCCGAAGACCAUCAGCUACAGCGAGAAUAUACAAAAGAUUUUGCUAAACAAAAGUAAAUCGUUGGAUGGAGGCGAUGCCAGCACCGAGUUUGGCAAGAUCAAUAGCGUUGUCAUCAAGCCCCUGGACAAGACCCAAUUGCACUGUACGCCCAGCCUUAAUAUAUUCAAGCAGCAGGUUCAGCAGCAGCAGCAGCAGCAACAGCAGCAGCAGCAGGUAGCAUCAGCUGUAGCAGGCGUUGCUGGACACGGCGAGGACACGCUGGUGAAGUCAACAGCUGGCGCCACGCUCUGCACGCGAAACAUUAUAUCCAUACAGAAGAAUAUCUCGCUGGUGGUGUCCAAGACGGGGCUGGCGCAGCAAAAGCCCAAAAUGAUUACGACAUCAGCGAACACCACAACGCUGCAAAUGCAGCCGUUCAAUCCACACGAGGCUGCCGAGACUGUGGCCAAGCUGCAGCUAAAAGUGCAGCCAAUCAAGUUGAACGAAACGCUGUCGGUCAAGCCAGCCGAUGCCAGCGACAGCGAGGCAGCCAAGCCGAAGCUACUGCUGGUCAAGCAGGCAACGGCUCCGCCGGACAGUCAUAAGGAUGCGCCAGCUGAGCAGCAACAGCAGCAGGAGCAGGAGCUGGGCAAUGCCACAGAGAAGCGUCUGCAGCAGCCCAGUCGAGUGGAAGACUCAAACAAUGCGCUGCUGAAGCAAUUGUUGCAAAACAGCAGCAGCAGCAGCAGCAACAGCAGCGCCAGCAACAACAACCACAAUCUGCAACAGAUUUCUAUAACAUCGGCGCCUCUGUCCGCGCGCAAGGUAAUCAAUGUGCGUGCGCCCAGCAUGGGUCUAGUCAGCUCGCUGGAGGCGCAACUGGCACGGCCCGUCAUACCGCCCGUCCCAGCGGCCGUCAGCAGCAGCAACAGCAACACUAGCAGCAGCUGCAACACGAUAACCACCACAACGGCCACCAUGGUGGCCAUUAGUCUGACGUCCACGCCAUCCACACCAGCCGAGCCACAAAAGUUGCUAGAGUUGCAGCAGCAGCAGCAGCAACAGCAGCAACAGCAGCAUCAGCAGGAGGCAGCCGCUGCAGCAGCAACAUCGACAACAGUCACAACUGCACCAGCUACAGCAACAACAGCAACAGCAGCAGCAGCAGCAACUGUUGCACCUCCGCCAGCGCCGCAGCUGAAGCAGUCGGUGCAAAUUGUGUCCAAGGAGACCUCCUUUAUAUCCACACCCGUGGCACCUAAUCCUGCUGCUGCUGCUGCUGCAGCUGCCGCCGCCGCCGCUGCUGCUGCUGCUGCAGCUGCAGCUGCUGCAAUGCCCGCUGUGACAAAUAAGCUGCCGUCCACUUUGAUUGUCGAGCCGAGCAUUAAGACAGAUCCGCUGCCGCCCCCGCCACCGUACGAGCUGAGCGCCGGCCACGUAUCGAAUGUGACCAUUUCCAUAACGACCAAGCCCAGCAAGGAGCAGCUGCUCAAGCUCAACAAACUGGAAGCACAUGAUGAGGUGCAAGCGCAGGCGGAUACCGAGAAGCCGCACUCAAUGGCGCCCUUGCACAGCGACAACUGGAAGCUGCAGGAGAAAUCGGCAAAUGUGAAUCUGUUGAAUAGCGAGGCCCUGAAAAGAAAGUUGCCGCUGCAGCAGCAGCAACAACAACAACUGCAACAACAACAACUGCAGCAGCAACAACAGCAGAUUGAGGAGAAGCCAACGUUGGAGAUUAAGAGCGAAAUUGCUUUGGUGCACAGUAACAAUGUGGAUACUGAUAUGAUGAAGGCGCGCCUUGCCGCGCAACCUACCACUUUUGAAAAGUUGCAGCAGCAGCAGCAUCAUCAGCAACAACAUCAGCAACAGCAUCCGCAACAGCAUCAGCAUCAGCAACAGCAACAGCAUCAGCAACAGCCGCAGCAACACUUGCAACAGCAACUUCAGCAGCAGCAACAUCAGCCGCAACAACAGAUUCAAUUGCAGCUACAGCAACAGCAGCUGCUGCAGCAACAACAGCAGCUACAACAGCAACAGCAACAACAGCUACUGCAGCAGCAGCAGCAGCAGCAGCAACAACAUCAGCUACACCAACAACCAACGUCAGCAACAGCAGCAGGAGCAACCACAUUGGCUGAGCCAAAGGCUGUGGAGCAGCGCAAGCGACGCAAGCGCGAGGCACAAAAACCAAGACGCAACAAUGCCAAUGCUGCUGCCGGCGCUGCAGCUGCUGCUGCUGCGGCCGCGGCGGCUGCUGCCGCUGCCAAUAGUAGCCUAAGGGAUAUGCCGCCAGGCACAUUGUCCGCCGGCGCUGCGGUCCCGUUGGUCAACAUGUCUGGGAACACGCAGCUAAGCGGUCCGCUGGCCACAGGCAGCCAUUCGCUGGCGGGCAGCGGUGGCGCCGGUGGCAUGGGCUCGCCCAUGCUGAAGAAGCGUGUGCGCAAGUUCUCCAAGGUCGAGGAGGAUCACGAUGCAUUUACCGAGAAGCUAAUGACGCACAUACGCCAAAUGCAGCCGCUACAGGUGCUCGAGCCGUUGCUCAAUCGCAAUUUUCUCAUUGGCAGUGGCCCAUGCUUUGGCAGCAAUGGCAGCAAUGCCAACGGCGGCGGCGGCGGCGGCGGCAAACUGAAGGCCAUAUCGCGUGCUCUACAGCUGCAGCGACAGCUGGACGAUGGCGAGGGCGGCAGCAGCGGCAGCAUUGACUGCGAUCAGCUGCUCGGCCGCAUUGGGCAGCUGCGUCAUCCCAGCAUCAAGUCGUUGUACGAUAGCGAACGCUUCGGCGGCAGCGGCGACACCACCGCCAAUAAUCUUGCCAGCAACGGCAACAACAUCCAGUCUAGCAGUGGCUCACUCUCGAGCAUACAGAAUGACUUUUACGAUCAGGAGUUCUCCACGCACAUCCAGCGCAAUCCGCGCGAGCGUCUGCAGCGCCUGAUAAGCGCCGUGCGCGACUGCAACUUGGAGACCACAGAGCUGGUCGAGCUGCAGCAGCAGCAGCAACAGCAGCAGCAGCAGGCAACUGGCAUGCGUUUGGAUGGGCCCGUUUCCUGGUCGCGGCUGAGUCGUUAUCCGGGCCUGGUGCUGCUUAAUACCAACAGCAAUCAGCGCUGUGCACCGGGACGCAUGUCUCCCGUGGCGCUGGCCAUGGAUGCGAAUACGAUGCGUCCGCCUAUCUCGCCCCUUUUGCGCAGCUGUGGCGAGGAGUUGCGCAAGGCGCAGCAGCUCGAUCUGGGCAUUGGCUUGGGCCACAACCCCACUAGCAGCAGCAGCGUCACCAGCAGCAGCAGCAGCAGCAGCAGCAGCAGCAACAACACCACCAACAGUACCAACAAUAACAACAACAACAACAACAAUUAUCAGCAGAAGAACCAAAAUGUGAUACUCUCGCUGCACAGUUCGGCAACAGACAACAUUGCCGGCGUGCUGCGAGAUUUGGCGAAUCUGUUGCACCUGACACCCGCGCUAACCUGCAAACUGAUCGAUGCCUCAACGGCGGACAAGGCCAAGGAGCCAAGCGAAGCAGAGCUGGGUCCUGGCCAGAGCAACUCGGCAACGGCACCGGCAACGGCAACAGCAACAGCUGUCACUAGUCACGGCAACCUGCGCAAAAUACUCACCGGACAGCGGAAGCUGUGCCGUUGCUGUGGCAGCGUCAUUGCCGCCUUCGGCCUGCGCGUGCCCCAUCAGAAUUUGCCGGAGGAGCAGCCACCGCCCAUGCUGGCAAUGCUGCGUUCGCUGCUGCCGCGCAAAUCCCCGCCGCUCCCGUAUAUAUACUUUUGCAACCGCAGCUGCUUUGCACAGUACAAAUGGCGCGGCAAGGAGGAGCCCGCCGACGAGGAGGUGGCAGCGGCGGCAGCGGCGGCCUCGGCCACAACUUUGCCAAUAGCUGGCGAUGUGCCUGCGAGCAGCACCAUGGCCAUGCUGCCCAUUGAUAAGGUUGAGCCCGACGACCUUGAAAUGGAGCAACAGCAACAGCAACAUCAACAGUUGCAGCAGCAGCAGCAGCAACAACAAGAACAACAGCAGCAACAACAACAACAAGAGCAACAACAACAGCAGCAGGUCGAACAGACGCCAACAACGCCACCUGUGAAGCGCAAGUGCAUCGUCAAGUACUACAGCGCCGAUUGCUUUGCAGCACACAACACAGAAGGUGCGUCCAUCAAGCAGGAGAAUGAAACAACAACAGCCAAUAAUACCGUCUGGGAGACAGACUGCAAGAUGGAAGCCUUGGAGGAUAGCCGUCAAUGCGUCUUCUGCAAUCAGCGCGGCGAUGGCCAAGCCGAUGGACCCUCACGUCUGCUUAAUUUUGAUGUGGACAAAUGGGUUCAUCUGAAUUGUGCCUUGUGGUCGAACGAUGUCUACGAGACGGUGUCGGGUGCGCUGAUGAAUUUCCAGAUGGCCCUGCAGUCCGGACUGAAUCAGGCAUGCAGCGCCUGCCAUCAGCUGGGCGCCACCAUCAAGUGCUUCAAGUCGCGCUGCAGCAAUCUCUACCAUCUGCCCUGCGCCAUCAAGGAGGAAUGCAUCUUCUACAAGAACAAAUCGGUGCAUUGCAGCGCACAUGCGGCCAGCAGUUCGGCGGGUGUCACCGAAAAUGAGCUCAGCUCGUUUGUGGUCCAUCGACGGGUGUUUGUCGAUCGCGAUGAGAACCGUCAGGUGGCCACGGUCAUGCACUAUUCGGAGCUGAGCAACUUGCUGCGCGUGGGCAAUAUGACAUUUCUCAAUGUGGGCCAAUUGCUGCCGCAUCAGCUGGAGGCUUUCCACACGCCCAACUACAUUUACCCCAUUGGCUACAAGGUGAGCCGCUACUAUUGGUGCGUGCGCCGACCGAAUCGGCGAUGUCGCUAUAUCUGCAGCAUUGCCGAGGUCGGCUGCCGGCCGGAGUUCCGUAUACAGGUGCACGAUGCCAGUGACAAGGAACCGGAUCGUGAAUACCGCGACAGUACACCGACGGCCGUUUGGCAACAGAUCCUGCAGCCCAUACAGCGUAUGCGCAAGGUGCACAAAUGGCUGCAGCUCUUUCCACAGCACAUUAGCGGCGAGGAUUUGUUUGGUUUAACGGAGCCGGCUAUUGUACGGAUAUUGGAGAGUUUGCCGGGCAUUGAGACGCUCACCGAUUAUCGUUUCAAAUAUGGACGCAAUCCAUUGCUGGAGUUCCCGCUGGCCAUCAAUCCGUCCGGUGCGGCACGCACCGAGCCCAAACAGCGUCAGCUGCUUGUCUGGCGGAAACCGCACACACAGCGCACCGCCGGCAGCUGCAGCACCCAGCGCAUGGCCAAUUCGGCGGCAAUUGCCGGUGAGGUGGCGUGUCCGUAUAGCAAACAGUUUGUCCACUCCAAGAGUUCGCAGUACAAAAAGAUGAAACAGGAAUGGCGCAACAAUGUCUACUUGGCGCGAUCAAAGAUUCAGGGCCUCGGCUUGUACGCAGCACGCGACAUCGAGAAGCAUACGAUGAUCAUUGAGUAUAUUGGCGAGGUAAUACGCACGGAAGUAUCGGAGAUACGUGAGAAACAAUACGAAUCAAAGAACCGUGGUAUCUAUAUGUUCCGCUUGGAUGAGGAUCGCGUUGUCGAUGCAACACUGAGCGGCGGUCUGGCGCGCUAUAUCAAUCACUCCUGCAAUCCAAACUGUGUCACAGAGAUCGUUGAAGUUGAUCGCGAUGUGCGCAUCAUAAUAUUUGCCAAGCGUAAAAUCUAUCGAGGCGAAGAGCUCUCGUACGACUAUAAGUUUGAUAUUGAGGAUGAUGCGCACAAGAUACCCUGCGCUUGUGGUGCGCCCAAUUGUCGAAAGUGGAUGAAUUAGAGCCCAGCAGCAGCACCUCCAACACCACCACCACCAUCAUCACCACCACAACAAACACCAGCUCCUACGCUCAUGCAACAAACACCAGCAGCUACAAAAAGAGUUCGGGUGCUCCUUCCCAGUGAACACGAUUUGAAUUGUUGUUAUUCACAUGUUGUAUACAACCACAUCAUCAAAAUAGUAUAUAUUCUUUAAGCAGUA